AUGCAAUCCAAAAGAGGAGGUGGCGUUGGUGGACAACGGGGGAAUUACAACAUUCGUAAUCAACGCAAUGGUGCAGGUGGUCCAACGAUGGGGAAUCGUCGUGCAGAUGUGAUGAAAGGAGGGCUUGAAAGGAGAGGUGGUGGAAUGACGGGUCGUUAUUCCACUCAAGCGCACAAUGUAAGCUCACCACAAAAUAGGGGAAUUUCUGGCAACAAGUAUGAGCCAAGAGGACGUCCUUCCGCACAAGAACUCCAAGAAAGCUUCAAUGAGUUUUCAAUGAGCAAAGAGGGAAAUCCGCGUAGGGAUUCGUCACAAGGACAAACACCUAGAACCUAUGAAAACAAGAGCCAGAGUCAGUCGUCCAAAGUGUUAUUAGAACCACGUACGAGUGCAUCUCCUCGCACUACUCCGACUGAUGUGAAGCAACAGCCUCAAGCAGGAGGUAUGUUGGUCGUGGAAAUUUUCGGCAGUGCUUGCCUAUAA